ACUCUAUAAGCGCAUUGAAUAAUUUUUCAAUAAUAUUACAUACAAAGAAAAAGAAAGGAAGAAAGUGGACCAAAACCAAGUGACGUUUUGCAAACUAUAAAUAAAUUGAAUUUUGAAAUUCUCCCGCCAGGGACGCGGUAGAGAAGAGAAAUGAAGGAGGUUCAAGCUUCGGAGAAGGAACACAAGCGAUCUUCGGUGCUCGCAAAUCGCAGAUCCAAGUCAAUCUCCGAUCAAGCGAAGGAGCCUCAAAAAAUCACGAAAAAGAGCUUGAAUGCGGCGUUUGCAGAUGUUUCCGAGGAUGUAUCACAGGAAUCGACAAGUGAUUCAAUUGAUUUUUCGCCGGUUUCAGAGGUUUUUGAUGGAAAUCGGCAUAGAGAAUCCAUAGAGAGUGUCAAGGUGUUGAAUCCUGCUCUAUCGACCUCGUCCGAAACAUCCGCGCUGUUUGAUAUCGCUCCAUCAUCAAAGAUCUCAACCAAAAAGAAUGAAUUAGAAAAUGUUUUAGUGGAGUCCUACGGAAUGGCGGGAUCGGACGGUUUGAAGAUUGAAUCCUUGGAAGCAGAGAUCGUGGUGGAACUUCUCACACAAGCACGAGCGCAGGUUUUGAAUUCAUCUGAUACAGAUAUUCGAUCCAAGAGGCUUUUGGAUACAUUGAUCAAGAUCAUUAUAGAUGAAACAUAUCUCUUGCCUGGACAAACAGAUCAGUUCCCUGGAGUCGUGUUCGCAAGAACUCGCCUUUUGAUGGUGUGUUUCUUGCUGUGGAUCCUCACAAUAUCAGUGGUUUCCUUCAUUCGAUCAGGUGCUCAGGGCUCUAUUUAUGAACCUCCACCAACCUGAAAUGUUUGGCGUGAGACCUUCAUCCUCUGAUCACUCAUGACCGGUAUGACAUUUUUUGUUUUUAGAUAUAGUAGGCUUAUUCCUUGCUCGUUCAUGAGGUGCUGUUGAAUAUUCAAUGAUUUGAUAGUGGUCCUGCUAGAGCAAUAAUUGGCAAUUGCAUAAUCCUGCAUUGAGUAGAUACAUGAAUCAAAUCAAUUGAGUACAAUUUAACAGAAUUAAGUAGCUGAAUGACAUUAUAUUUUCAUCUUAAAAGUUUUGAGGAUCAGUUUAUUAGUGACAAUUAUAUUUUCAUAUCUUGUUAAGAGUUUCUGGACUUGAUAGAGAAAGGAAUCAUGUUUCUCACACAGACAAUGACAAUUGAACAAAAAUAGGUGCAUGGUGCUUUAUCCACAGCCUUCUUGAGAUGAUUUUGUUCUACCCAUAUUCAAUAAAAAUCUGAAGAAAAACAAUAUAUGUUAAUCACUCUGAUUGGCUUUAUUCCCACAAGCUUUAGUAGUUGAGAGAACACCUGCAUAUGGGCUAAAUCUUUGGGUGGUUAGAUUGUAAAAAUAAAACAUUAUAUUACACUGUUGUGCAUACAAAAAAAGUAUAGUACACAUUCACGCAAAAGGGAAGCAAAAUUAACAGCAGGCCUUUAAUGGUUGGUUAUUUACACUGUUAGUGUCCGUGUUAAGCCUUUCUGCUUUUCCAAGUUAAAAUUCAUUUUUGUUCUUAAAAGAUCUAAUGUAUUUAUGUCAUUAUAACAAAUUUGUAGAUCAUGGACUUAAAUUGGAUUAGAAAUAGAAAAUAUUUAGUCAAGUUAUUAGGUCUGGCUAAGUCUUAGCUACUUUGUUGGUUUUGCCAUAUAUAUGAUCUGCCUUCCUAUUGGUUUUGCCAUAAAUAUGCUCUGCCUUAACAGUUGUGAACUUGCACAUGAGUUUGGCCCAGUUUUCUUUAGAAUAUUUCAUAAUUUAUUGGAGUGGUACAAAUUUUUGCCGUUAUCUAUUACGAAGUCCCUGGAAGCCCAUCCUUUUGUAACUCAAUUGAUUUAACCUUAUCCUUGCUGCUCCAACUAUGUGCCGUCCUUCAAUCUCAGCUUACCAAUCUGAUCGCUUCCCUUGUCCCUUUAGUUAUUACUGAGCCAUUAAAGUUAAGUUCACAUGGGGCCUUAAAACUUUGAAU